AUGUUACCUAACACCCUUGUUGCUCUCCUCGCUGUCACUGCCCUUGCUCCUCUCCAGGGUGCUGCCGCAGUCCACCAGAGCUUCCAACACUCACAUGCACGUCGCUCUCUCGAGCAGUCUUCGCAUAGACAUAGAGGUCGUUCGCCCGCUAUCGACAUCGGAAUCACCCACCGAAAACGCCAGCUGAACCUAGGUGGACUCCUUGGAAACAAUGAUGACCCACUGCUGAAUCUCGGUGGAAGCUCGUCGAGUGCAGUGCCUACGAUCACUGCGACUGACUCGGAGGUCAUCGGGCCUACUAGCUCCUCGACCGAGAGCUCCGCGUCUGAAACUUCAUCAUCAUCCAGCUCCGAGCCAACGUCUACCAGCGAGGCUACUACCUCUGAUGAGCCCACCACUACCAGAGCUGCGACUAGCUCCGAACCAACGAGCACAAAGGAACCGACAACUUCCAAAGAGCCAACGACCUCUGAAGAACCAACGUCAGCUCCCACUUCUACCAAGCCCGCUACAACAAGUGCUUCCUCAUCCUCUUGUGACGGUCUGCUUGGCUGUCUCGUCGAUGGACUCGCACCCUCCACGUCUUCUUCGGCUACGCCUUCACCCACAUCCGCAUCCGCCUCCAGGGAAACCGAGUCGGCUUCUUCGUCCUCGGCGGCUGAAACAUCUACCGAGGAACCGACGACCACUCCUACACCCACUUCUACGAAGCAGGCGUCAUCUACUGAAUCCGCUGGCGGUUCAUCCACCAAUUCGCCCUUGCUCUCCCUUGAUUUGCCUACCGCCCUAACAUCAUCGUCUUCUGCUCCCGAGACCACCCCCGAGCCCACAUCCACCGCUCGCGAGCCUUCGACUACUCCCGCCCCGUCAUCGACCGCUUCAGCCUCCCAGUCUGAAGCCCAACAGAGUUCCAGCACGAGCCAUACCACCAGCGAGCCGACUUCAACCGCCCAAUCUUCGGCUGCUACCACUACCGCUGCAUCAACCGCGCCUGUUACUGAGUCUGAGUCCCAGUCUGAGAUCUCGUCCGCGCCGGCUACCAGUUCCACCGGCACUCCAGUUAUCAACCUCCCCCUCACUUCGAGUUUGUUGCCUGGAAGCACCACCGAGUCAACUCUGGCCGCUCCCUCGUCCAGUGCUGCUCCUACUAGUGUGGGUCUGCCUCUGCGCCUCCCCAGUAGCACUCCGGUCAUCAAUCUGCCGCUCACUUCGAGUUUGCUACCUGAGAGCUCUGCUGAGCCCACUUUGACUGUUCCUUCGUCUAGUGCUGCUCCUACUGGCACUGGAUCUACGUCUGCGUCUGCGUCCGUGUCCGAGUCUGAAUCGGUUAUUUCGUCCGGAGCUACUUCUCAGACUGCUACAUCGGCUGCAUCGGCUGCCAGUUCCACCGGCACUCCAAUCCUCAACCUGCCAAUCUCGUCCUUGUUAUCCGAAACCAGCGCUGAACCAUCGGCGACUGCUCCUUCAUCGAGCGCAGUCCCCACUGGCACGCGUUCUGCAAGUGGUACCAUUUCUGGAACCGGAACCGAGUCUGCUCCUACCUCCACGGUUGCUGUUUCAUCUUCGUUCGGGACCGCGUCACAGACUGGAUCAAUUGGAACCAGCGUCGUCCCUUCGAGCGUUGCUACUUCCGAAGCCGAUCCCACUGGUACUUUGAGCAUUUCGCUCCCUGUUGCUUUGCCUACCGGAAACGCGACGGCCACCGCGACCUCGGCCGCAUCCACCCAGUCGGGCGCGAGCGUCGAUCCCGAUGAAGUCUUGACUAGCUCGUUCACUUCUACCCUUGCGCUCCCAACUACCACCCGGUCCGUUUCUGUUUCGGCGACGUUGCCUCUUCCUACUGGGACUGUUAAUGGCACCGCUACUGCUACGACCCCCGUCGAAACCGAAACCGACAGCGCGUCCCAGACUGGUUCCGUCUCCCAAUCGGUCACAGGCACUGGAAGCUCUUCGACCCGUACAAGCACCGGUACCUUGUUGCCCACAUCCGUCUCCGUCUCUGGAACACAGUCCCUGAGCGAUACUGCGACUGCCUCGACCACCGGCUCGGUAACCGCUACAGCCACACGAACUGAAACCACCGGAACAGUCUCUUCAACUCGAACCGCCUCUCAGACUGAGACCGAAACCGAAACCGAGAGUACCACCAGCGCGUCGUUCUCCCAGACCCAGUCUGUGAGCCAAACUCUGUCCGUUACCCAGUCAGGAAACCAGACUGCGACUGCGACUACCACUCGAACUGCCACUGAUACAGCCAUUACCGAGUCGGUCUCUCAGACUCGUACUCAGUCUGUUUCGGAUACGACUACCCUGACCAGGUCUUCUGGCACCAUCACCAGUACUUCGUCCGGAAGCACCUCGGAGUCCACGCAGAUUGUCACAUUCCCGACGGCCUCUCGCAACCAGACCAGCAGCACGGUUUCUACCUCUUCGGGCUCGAUCAGCGGAACCGGCACCUCAUCGACCGAGUCUACGUCUACCAUCACGAGCGCCUCGUCGACUGUUACUACCACCACCACCCGAGCGCUCGAGUCGCAGUUUUCGUUCUUGACUGAAACAACCAAGUUGGUUCUCCCGUCGACAACCAGCACAUCGAGCUCUACGAGUAGCACCAUUACCCAGACUGAUCCGGAUGCAGUUGUGACCACUUCGACCAGUACGAGUACUAGCCAAGCCCCGACCACCACGAUCUUGUUCCCAAGCGAGCUUCCUCGGCGUAUCGUCCCCUUGGUCGGGGGUGUCGACCCGGCAAAGGACGCGAACCAACUCAAGGGCUAUACUCUGAUCAGCUUGUUGUUUACAAAGGAAUUGAGCUGGGCGUUUGUCGCGCAGCGCUCUGAUUCGGUCGGACAGCUCUUUGCGUAUACACCCAUGGUACUUCAGACCGCGUUGAAUUUAUCUGCCGACCAAGUCAAGACUUUUGCGCUCCAGGCAUUCCUCCCUGCAUCGUACUCUGGCGACCCGUCCGAGAUCCGUACCACGUACAUGGCCUAUAUUCCCGAUGAUAAAGUGGAUGAGCUCCUCUCAGCUCCGCGCCAAGCAGUCUACGCUGUACUCUGGUCAAACGUCCACGAUCCCUGCUCAGCUUGCUUCUUUGAUCGAUCCCUCGCUGCCUGUCAACUCGGGUUCCACCGGUUCCACUGGCACGACCCCCAACUCGGCCGUCGGGACGCCAUCAUCGGAGUCUGCACCGCGUUUGGAAUCGUGUUUGCAGCAGUGAUCGGGUUCUUCUUGUACAAAAAGGCACAGCGCAAGCGUGAACAGGCGCACCGCCCGAUCAGCCCGAUGUACGAGCGCCAAGGUGUGCGCACACCCGAUGAGAGGCCGAGGAGCUUCUUCUUUGCCGAGGACUCGUUGCGAGGAUACCAAGGCAGCGCGAGCUCGCAUGCUGUCACGGACGAGUACAAUUAUCGCCGCGCUCCUUCGCAUCGUCGUGUGCCUGUCCAAACGAGCGCGAUUUCCGCGCCGGUGCUCAGGGAGAGCAGUCUGAAUUGGUAA